AUGUUUGGACUUCUUUUUUUCAUUUUAUUCACCCCUGCAGUCAGUGAAUUUCUUUGUACAUCGUCAGAUCUAGAAAUGUCAUAUACUUUUUGUGAUUCUACAGCUCAUGCUUUCAUGUUUAAUUUGACACCUUGCAGCAUCAUGAACAAAUCCGUCUGGAAGGCUGCUCUUACCUGGAUCCCAAGAAGUGACAUCACCUUUUUGAAGAUCGUCUUCAAAGUCUGGUAUGACGGUGCCAAAGCUUUACACUGGAAAGAAGUCCUCUGCAGCGGAGCCGACGAUGAAUAUGCGGUGUGUGGAACGCUGAAAGGAGAAACAAUUGCAACAACAUUUGACAUUAAAGGUGCAAGGACAAAGUUUCCAAAGGGCAAUUAUAAUGUUAUUUUAGAAGGAUUCUCUGAUGAUUCUGAGAAUAAUAUAGUCAUAUGCUUGAAUUUCACCAUGAUAGUAAAACAAGACACUUUCUGA